GUAGCCGCCAGCCUGCUUCCCUCCUCCAUGAGCCGCCCUCAUCGAUCCCCGCCGCCCUCCUCAUUGCUGUUCUCACCGCCUCCGCCGUAUCGCACCACGCCGAGCUCGCCCAACCAGGCGCCCCGCUCGCCCCUGCAAGCGCCCCACUCGCCCCUCCGAGCGCCCCACACGCCCUACCGAGCGCCGCCGCCGAUGCUGCCCACCACCGCGACCGAGACGUCCCCGCUCAAUAGCGCCAAGCGUCUUGACGGCGGACGAUCCCGCAGUCAGUGGGUCCUCUGCGCGAGCAUCGUCCUCUUGUUCGCGUCGACUACGCUCUUUCUCUGCAUCCGGUUCCCUCUUGACGAGCCGGCGCCGCAUCGCCCGGACCCUCCGCGAUGCAGCCCGGAGCCCGUCCAUCCCGCUCCCGAGGCGCCAAAGCCCGAGCCCGAGGCGCCCAAGUACGAGGUCUUCUGGGAUAUGCCUUUGCUUCCGGAGUCGGACUGCCUGGGCUACGGCUCGCGGGUUUACUCGGCGAAGCUCAAUAUCUACCCACUCGACGAGGCGUGGCACAAUAUCUGUAUGCACGACGCGCCGGAGGUGGAGGUAAUGGGCAAGGUCUUGGAGAAGCCGAAGUGGUGCGAUCUGAGGAAGAAUACGAGGGACGUGAUGGGACACUGGAUCGUCGACUUUGACGAGCCUGAGUGUAUCAGCAGCUGGGGAUGGAUGGACGACAAGGGCUGCACGGCGGAGGCGUCAGGCUUGCGCACGUACGAAGCGACCCUCUACGGACAUCUCGACGGCGGCGCCUGGCGCGACAUGUGCCGCCGGACGGCCGCUAUCGUGCACGGCACCAAGUUCAAGGGCGCGAUGCGCUGUUAUCACCAGGAAGGCCAGCGAGUCUACGGCGCUUGGGAUUUGGAAGACGAGACAUGCGCGUAGGAGACAUGCGAAAAGAAGGAGCGUAUCGGAGGAUGGAUAUGUUGACGACAAUUUCUUUCUUUUUGAGUCGCAAAAAUGAUGUCAUCUACGUACACUCGAACUAUGCACGACAUCGUUGGUCGAUAGCUGCCCCCUCUGAGCGGGAAGACCAUCGGUGUCGAACCCGUCUCUAGGGUGGAGAAGCCGCGGCAACCCACAAAGAUGCACUGCA